AUGGUGAGGUGCUGGAAACGCUCAGAAACGGGCAGGUUGGAGGACUCACAAUGCAUGGUAGGAGUGGGAUUCAUCUGUACCUCUCUGGUGCUUUAAAUGAUCUGUGGCGAAAUUAGGAUUCUUUAGUUGUGAUGUUAUUUGUGCUGUACUCAUAGAGAGUAUAGGUGUUGUCAUUUCCGCUGUAGCAAAUGUGUUGUUGAAGUCAACAAUAUUGUUGAAUUUGAGAAACAGUCAGACACCCACCCAGGCGAGAAUGACUAUGUAGAUUGUGAUAAGCUGUCGUUGUGAAUGGUCUCCUCUCCUCAGGACGAGGGUCCAGCAGUGUCCCGCCGGUUCUCACACAAGGCAUUCUGGGUGACUCUCAGUGCCACUCUCCUCCUCGGCAUCAUCGCCCUCAGCGUCACGGGGCAUCUAUGGCUCAGACAGCCCGACGCAGAGGUAGGAGACGCAACUCACAUCUGAUUCACCUGACGGAACUGUAACUGGCAUUUAAGCUAUGAGUUGCUGUAGCCCAAUCAAACAUAGAAGCACACGACUCUAGUUGAUGGACAAACUAUUCGCUCACACUUGCACAAUCACAAUGUUGAUAGUGAGUUUACAUUGAGUAAACCUAUCCCUCUACUGUAGUCUUUACAGGUUGUCAGAAUCACAGUUCCGGAUCAGACUGGAACCCUGAUCAACCGAUCAGCAUUGGUGGACAAGCACAACAACCUGGUGACCUAUUCUGUGACCUCACAGGCCAACCACACCUCCACCGUGCUCUUUGAUGUCAAACAUGUAGGAAGACUUUUCUUUUUGUUUCGAAAGUAUAUUGAACUGAGACUACCUGCAGUGACCUUUCUAUUUGUAUGGCUGUUUCUUGUUUCGGUUUUCAACAACACUUCACUGAACUGACUCACGUUUGUGCAGGGUUUGAUAUGUUACAAGCCUGAGAACCAGGAUACUUGCUUCCUGCGUAAAAUGGAGAGAUCAGAUUAUGAAAAUGUGCACUCCUUCCUCCAGCAAUCAACGCAACAGGUAAAGAUGGUCACUCUUUCAAUUUAUAACAGCGUAUGAAACAUACUACUUUGGAUUUCACGUCAUAUGAGUCUCAGUUACCAUGCAGAGGAAAUAUGUCCUCUUGGGACUUAAAUUGGCAUGGCAACAACUAAAGGGUAUGCCGAAACAAACUACUGUGUCAGCCACUCUCAAAAACACCUAAAACACAGAACCAACCUUUGUUUUAUUGAAGCUGAGGUGAGUCACUGUUACUGCUAAUGUGUGAAUUGGCAGCAGGGGUGGAUCAUUGGAAGGGACUCAUAGCUUAGUGCCACCUCUGUUUCCCUCUCCAUGCCCAGCCAGACCCUAAUGGAUUUAGGGGUGUUGAUUUUGGCAUCCCUCUCCUCUCCCAGUCCAGAGAGAGAGGGGGAGGGGAGGCAAUAGACCGAACAGGGCCUUACAUGCUUAUAUUGUAGUGAGUCUCUCCAGGACUGAAUUCCUCAGGGCAUCUGAUCCUCCUAGCCCCCUCUCUCCCCUGGAUCCCCUUACAGGUUGGGACAGCAGUGAGGCUCAGACCUGCACAAUGGCCACUCUGUCUGGGGACUCCUGGGUUUGUUAAGGCUUCGCUGUGCUGGAGAAAUAGGAGAGACUAUGGUUGGUUAGCGAGGGAAGGGCCAGUCUGACAGUGGACAUCUUUUAAUGAGGUGUGCUUUUUGGUCAUGUGUGGUCAAUGUCAAUGGUCAUUACAGAAUUGGAUGGGUUGCUUUUAUGCUGUGGUACUGUGUAUCUACAGGGCCAUGAUGACAUCUAGAUGUGUCCUUGCUGGCUAUUUAUUAGUUAUUUUACUUAAUGAGAUGAUUACUUGCUCAUAUCAGAUUGCAUUAUGGUUAUCUAAUUUAGGCCUAGGCUAAUUCAUUUAUUCACAAGAGCUUGUGUAUGAUGAAGCUUCUCAUGUCAUUAGUUAAUUAACUCAUAGUGAAGGGCCACUGUGCAGCUGGACUCAUUCAAUCAUUCAUUGGUUGUAUAGACUUUAGUUACAUACAUAGAAUAGCUGGCUCAAAAGAGAAAUAUGCCAAAAUCCUAAGUGUUUGUCUUUUCUCAUACUAUCUGAUAGAAACAGUCGUUUGUGUCUGAGUUCUGACUCGCAUGGUAUCAAGUGUCUCAUAGAACUAGACUUGAGCAUCAGAACCACUGGUUGUGGUCAUUCAGCGUCUGAUUUACUGGAUAGACUUCAUCCACAUAGAAAGGCUGGGCCUUUCUGAGGUCAAUCUCUCUGUUCUGCAGCAAAAUGCUCUUUAGAGUGGAGGGAAACAGGUUGUUAGAAGGUUCGCUCAGGCAUAACGGCACUUUAAGUGGUCCCUUUCGGACUCAUCAAUAGUGUAAAUGGUGCAAUUACUAAAUGGCCUUUGUGCCAAAUGAGAGACCAGAGCUGAGACAGAAUGAUGCAGGGUUGAGCAUAUAACCUGGCAAAGACCACUGAAGUGAUCUAAUAAAGAUACUGCAUUAUAAUGGCAGCUUGAGUUUGUCUGCCAAAGCUCUUUUUAACUAUUCUAUCCUUACAUCUAAUCUAUUGUUAUAUCUAAUCUAGCUUAAUUUACACCAUUUUUAUUUGUUGUUACUUAUUUGUCAUUUGAAAAACCAUUGAGCUGACUUCACAAGCAGUGCAAUCAUAACUCCUCUGGUGUACAUGUUGCUUUUUCUCAUCAUUCUCAAUAAUAAUAAUGUGUUCCUACAAUUACAAAUGUGUUCAUCUCCUGCCAGGAGAGCCUGUUGGUGUUGUUGGGGAAUGAGACCCAGAGACAUACAGAGUUUCUGGGGGUGAUGGGGGGCAGUAAAGUGGACAUGUCCACCCUGGAGGAGCCUCUACAGGCCCUGUGUCAACACAGCUCCAUCCACUGGACCAGGAGACAAGACGGUGAGACUACCACCCUUUUUCACAUCAUUAGCUACAUGCUAAAUACACAUUCACUUGCCUUGGCAUUUAUACAAUGACAUAAGCAUUAAAGAUGAAACUGUGAAGCGUUUUAUUUUAAAGUGGAUCAAAUUUUAUUCAAUUCUGGUAUAAGUCAAUAGUCAUAAUUAAUACAAAGCAAAGACCAUGGGCCCUUUUGUUAAACAAGUUCCUUGCUCCCUGUCUGUGUGUUGGCAGAUCUUUCCAGAAUAGAGCAGCGUGAGAAACAUAAUCAUAAACUACGUUGAUGUGUCACCUUUACAGUGACGCAGCAGUAAAUAAGGAACACAACCUUUAGGCUGAACUCACUGCUAUGCCAACUGCUAGCUAACUAUAGCAGGUAGAUCACUAAUACAGUAUCUAACUCUUACUAUAGCAGAGAGCACUGAUAGCCAACUAUUUAAGAGGAUGAAUUUGCUACUCUGAAUCCAUUAGCAGGCGGUAGUUAUGACUUGCAUACAUUGGGGUUUUGUUGGUAUUUUCUAGCAAACUGCCUGUUCACUAACAGACCCUCUCCCCUCUCUCUCGCUCUCUGAAGGUCCAGGUAAACAGCGUCUGGUCUACUUCUGUAUAGACAUCUGCUUCCCUAGUAACAUCUGUGUGUCUGUCUGCUUCUACUACCUGCCGGAGUGA